GCCACAGGUUCGAGUCGGUCCCAGGCUUCACCUCUCGUAGAUGUGCUCCUGGCGGACCCCGUGGGGGCGGCUGCGGAAUCCUCUGGCGCCUUUGCCAAGUCCCUCGGAUAAGCCUUCGGCCCACACGGCCCUGGGACUCUCCACACCGGGGCGGGGCGGCGCCGAGUAGUCCCAGCCACUGGUUCCAGCCCUAGCACGCGCUUCCGACUGCUCAGCGAAUCUCUGCUGGACCCUAAAAGUGUUAAUUGUGGUUCGUGCGCAGGAGGCUGGUGAUUUGGCAGAACCAUCGCAAACUGCUCCACUCCGCUCUGGCCCAGCUGGUACCUCCGGGGCAAGGUGUGAUAUUGAAAAGGCCAAAAUAUGAUGGCCUGAUCUUGAAGAUGGGAAUUCUUUCAGUAUUUUGAAUUCGAUUUGUUCAAUUCAUAUCAUUUGAGAAAAAAUCAGCAUGUCUUCCUCCAGAUUGGGUCUCCGUUUGGCUGCCUGUUUACUAAACAUUUCAGAAGCCAGAAGAAAACACAUUGUUGAGAACAUAGCAAAAGCAGCUCUUCUUGGAAAAAAUGGGAGGAAACAUCCUGAAGUAUCAGUGCUCAAUAUAUUUUCUGAUCAAGACUACAACAGAUCAGUCAUUACAAUAGCAGCUUCUAUUGAUGAAUUAGGCAAUUCUGUUCUGGCUGCCUGCUUGGAGGCCUUCCAGUCUAUCGAUAUGGAGGUUCAGGAGGGAAUCCACCCUUGUUUGGGAGCAGUGGACCUGAUUCCCAUUUAUCCUCUCGCUGGUGUUGGAGUGGAAGAGUGUGGAGCUGUGGCCAGAAGCCUCGCCGAGAGUCUGGUCCUGCACGUUCCGGGCAGCAGUGUGUUUCUCUUUGGGGAGGCUGACCUGCCCGGGAAGCGCACGCUCGUCCAGAGAAGGAAGCAGCUGGGCUGGUUCACAAGGAGGGAUUUCAGUGCUCUGGAGCCUGACCUGGGAGCCACGCCUGCCCGGAGAUGUGGUUUAACAGGCAUCGGCGCCAGCCCAUAUGUGAUGAACUGCAAUGUCACCAUAGACUCUCAAGACUUGGCUUUGGGAAAAGAGAUUGCCAGUGCCAUUCGGGGCUCCAAUGCAAAUGGACUGAAGGGCGUCCAAGCGAUGGCUUUUCCCCAUGAAGGGAAAAUUGAGAUAGCGUGCAAUGUAGAGAAUUUUGAAGACCAAGAAGCUACAGAAACCUCAGAAGAUUCACGAUACAUGGCUUACAGUGUCCUUGGCAACCGCUUUUCUUAUGUAUCUCCUCAUUACAUAGAAGCUCAAGUUAAAAAGUUGGCGGGUGAUCAAGGAAUUGGUACUGUAGGGAGAGCAUUGAUUGGAUUUACACCCCAAGAGUGCAAGAACUGUGCUGAAUAUGCUAUAAAGGGAAGUAUUGGAGAAUUCUGGAAGAUACGGGGAGGUGUUUUCAUGUGAUCCAGUUUAAGGAUUCAUGGACAUUUUAAGGAAGAACAUCAACCAUUACAAAAUUAAUUUUUGGCCAUUGAAGAUGAGGGGAAGAUACAAAAAGCUUGGUUUUAGCUUCAUACUGGAAAAUUAGAAACAUUCUUUGUUCAAUAACCCGUCUUUAUAGAUCAUUCGUAAUUGCCCUGUGAUAUUUCUCGUCAUUAAAACUCCCUAAGAACAUGUUCUGUAUCAAGUUUAUGCACUUGGGUGCAUUAGAAGCCUUCCUGAGUCAGCUGGGUAAUAUGGCCAUGGUUGCUGAACCACCUUUAAUUACUGUGAGCAAAACCAAAACUGGACUCGAUUCCCUUGGUUUCCCCGAAGUCUUUAUUCCCAAGUUCUGUAUUCAAUUUUCAUUUGUCAAGUCAUCAUUUUCUAACAUGUACUUUAAAAAAUCAAGUACUAAGUGACUAAAAAGUGAAAAGAAUUAUAAAAUAAAAUUAUUCUUUCAAAGCAUGAUUUUUUUUUGCCAUCCCACUUUUGGGAAGACCUGUUGUUUAUUCCAGAAAUAACUCCAAAAACCCAAUUUUUCUAAUUUCUUAAUGUUUAUAUAGGGAGAUGGGAUGGUGGUGUUGGGCAUGGCUUAUCCUUUUUGGAAUUUAAAUGGAAACUCUGAAAAUUUAGGGAAUAUAUUGCUUUUGAGCAAAGAGAAGAGUAUCAGUGGAAGAAUUUUAUUUGAAAGAAAUUAAAAUAUGUAGUCACCUUAUGAACUGAAAGAAGCCACUUGUUUUAUCUGGCAAUUUUAUGUAAAUCUUUAGUAUUUAAAUUGCUUUAGUACAAGGUACUUUUUAAUCACAAAGCACAAAGAAAUGAAUUUUUUCGUUGAUUUUGUUUAGCAAGAAAGAUUAUGGUCUUUCCAAAUAAGAGCACAUAAUGGGAAUUUAUUUUAAGGAAUUAAAAAUGAAAAA